AUGGAGAGCCAAGGAACCAGUAGAACUGAUUUAUUCGAACUUGUGUGGUCCAAUGCAAAGACCAAGCCUAGAAACAAGUCCGAGACAUUUCAUGUGUUCAAGAAAUUCAAAGUAAUGGUGGAGCUUCAAUCUGGAUAUCAUGUGAAGAUGUUGAGGACCGAUCGAGGAGGAGAGUUCAUCUUAACUUAUUUUAUUUAG